AACGAAACAAAUGUUUCCAGAGGUGAUGGGAUUAAUGUGUCAACUAAUCAUUACAAUCAACAUCAUCAACGAUUUACAUGUUAUUAUUGUAAAAGGAUACAGUUAUUUAUUAAUCGAUAAUCCGCGUCGUCCUCGUAUCCUCUUUAACGAUGAGGAUAGGGGAGGACGCUGUUUAACACUCAAUUUAUUUGAGGGUGUUGGAGGGCAGAUAAUGCGGGCUAUCUUCGUUAUUACGGGAUUUUUGAGCGGUUGGUGGUGCGCAUUAGCACUUGUACAACCGCUACCACCACCAACAAAACAAUUAAUUCAUGAUAAUAAUGAUGUGCACAAUGAUAAAUUGCGUAAUUAUGAUAAAAUGUACAAUUACAAUUACUAUCAAGUUACGCCAACAAUUUUUUAUAACAAUAAUGGACUCAGAGUUGUGAGAUCGGUGCGCAUUAAGGAGGAUUCAUUAAGGGAGAGACGUAAAAAUUGUAGGCGAAAAAAUGGUGGCAAUUGUAGGGGUAAAAAUUGGUGUCCCUACAUGGAUAUAUCGAAUCGUGCAUUCUUAUCACCAACAGUGUUUGAGGGUAAAGCACGAAGUAUGUCAUCAUCGAGACGACCAGGUUCAAAUUAUGCUGUGACAUUCGAAGUUAAACAAAUUUACAAAAGUCAAUCUGGCUUUCAACCCUUACGUAAAAAUGACAGUGUUAGAUUGCAUUUUCGUGAUAAAGUGGGGAAAAAUAUCGGUAAUAAAUCGUCGAUAUGCCGGUAUGAUGGCGAUGGAUUUAUUGAUGAUGGACAGAGGAUUGAUAACUAUGAGGCCAAUAGAAUGAUUGAUUUUUAUAAUCAGAGGGUUAUUAGGGCGGAUAUUAAACGGGGAAAAGUGUAUCUUGUGUUUGUGAAUCGUGUUGGACCUAGGAAUUUUACGAUUCUUGGUGAACCUGUGCUGCGGAGUAAGAAAAAUGAACAAGCUGUGCAGGCUGUUGUGAGGCCCGAUUACGUACGAGAAGUGACGUUGACAGACCUCAGAGACUCAGUGGCGAGGACCCGUGAGAGGGUUAAACUCGUGUGUAGAACGAGGGGCUCACCUCCACCCCGUGUACACUGGCUCAAGGACGGUGUGCCACUCAACCCACGUAGGGGUCUCAAAAUUCAACACAAGCGACGAAGAUCUAAACUCGUCAUCAUUUCCGCACGACCUGAGGACAGUGGACGAUAUGAGUGCAUUGCACAGAGUAGUUCCGGUUAUCGGGCUUCUCUAGCUGCCCAACUGCUAGUCGUGCAUGAUUCGAAGAUUCCAGAUACCACAACAUCAGCAUGGCCGCGCCAGGAGCAACCGUGCCCCAUAGCCGGUGAUUUCUGCAUGAACGGCGGCACCUGCCUCUUCUUCGAGACAGUCGGCGAGCCGGCGUGCAGAUGUGCAGAGGGCUUUACGGGUCUACGAUGCGAGACCAAGGACGUGAUAAGUACCGGAAGUGUGUACAAUCGUCAUAGAGCGCCAUUCUCAUGCAAGUUGGGCCUAUCAACAUCGUACUACUGCUAACGAAUGUGUCAUGGAACCCAAACAUCGGUAUAGAUUACUCCACUUUGGCGUUCCCAGUUGAUAAUUUUUUUUUUUUCAAAUUCUCAAAUAUCCUGUGAAUUAUUUUCAAUCUAACAGAGAUAUUCAUAAUUAGGUAAUUUUCCGUAACUUCUGUAACAUGAGCUAAUACAGUGUUUUUUAUUGUUAAGAAGAGAUAGUCGUCGUUCCGCACAUCCGAUCCAUUGUUGUAAUGUUUUUUGUAAAUCGUGAACUAUUGUUCACCGGAUAAUUACUUUAUGUAUUUUAUGAAUUAUUAUUGGGAAUGAAGUGAUGAAUCGAGAUUGGAUUCUAGUUUUUUUUAAUUACAGAAUUCACUGAAGGUAGAAAAAUAUUAUCCAACCAAAAAUGAGUAGCAAAGAGGUAAAACGAGAUCAGUUGACUCAUCUCUGACUCUAAUUUUAUCGCGAUAUCUCCGAAUCUAAGAGAGAUGACGAAAUUUUUGUCAUUACCUUCUUUUCAGAACUCAAUUUGUCCCACUACAAAGGUUUCCAUGAAAAUUUUGCUAUCUAUCCUAGAUCGUGAGAUACUCAUCAAAAACUGAUCAAUAGUCAGCAGUGAUUUGUCUCGUUUUACCACUUCACUGCUGAACUGUCCAGAGAAUUUUUUAUCAGACCCCCUUUUUACCGAGAUAUUUUCAUCUGAAUAAAAAAAACAAAAACCGAUGAGAAUAAAGAAAUAAAAAUAUUAAAUUUGCCUUCAUUUUUUUUGGAAACAUCUCGGAAGCUUUCAGUGAUUGAAAGAUUAUGAUCAGGACAAUUUCUAUAAAAAAUUUCUUGACGAAAAAUUUGUCAACUCGUUUGAAAUAAGAUAUACUUGUCAAAAAAAAACUGAAAAACAAAUCGUUUCACCACUUGACUCCUGAAUUGAUAUUCCAGACUGCCUCACCUCUUGCCUUGAAUAUCCCCUUUCGAAAAAGAAAAAAAAAUCCCAAAUUAAUCACCUCCCCGUAUAUUUUUACUCUUCCUAAUGAAUAUUUCUUCAGAAAUAUAAAAUACCAAAGAAGUGUCUUCCAAUGAAACACUGCCGACUGCAAGAAAAUACGUAUUUAAGGUGGAUUGGACGAAUAUAAAAACCGCAAAUGACUAAAUAAAUCGAUGAAAAAAAAAAUUAAAAUAGCAACACAUGACGACGAUUUUUCACAAUUGAAAAGAGCUGAAGAGAAAAAAAAAUGAGAGAAAUUAUUUUUAAACGCCGGAUUUCGUCAGUCUCGAGAUUCUAUUUAUAAUUUAUAGUAUUUCUAAGUUGUUAUUACUUAUCAUUGUACGUUAUAUUUAAUUAUCCACAUGUAAAUACGUGUAUACAAACUUAACGGUUAAAUUUACACGAGAUAUUGAGUAACUAGAUUUUCAUUACUUUAAGAGACGAUGAAAAAUUGUUCUUUUUUUUUUCGUUCGUUGAAUCAUCAGUUUUCCUUCAAUACUCAGACAAUACACGAAAGAAUAUUUAAUUUAUUUAUUAAUUAACAACAAUUGGGGUUUCGGAGAGGAAAUCAUGUCAGCUUAUUGAGCCUAUUUGUGACAUUUUUGUACGCCUGACAUGUAAACGUUGAAAUUGUAUUUUUUUGCCAAUUUUUAGAUGAAUAGAAGCUUUAAUGGCGAUAAAAAUUACCGAAAAAAAUCAAUGUCCAACUAUAAAUGUCUAGUAGCUGAUAAGAUAAGAUGAGAAUGUAUUGAAACAAAUUUACAGCUAAUAAUGAUGAACAUAUUUCUUGAA